AUACAAUACCCAUGUUUAUUUAAAGGCCGACAUUGCAGGAGUACGCUAGUCACAACCAAUUUGCAAUCCAGCUGUACAUACCCUGAUCGACAGAAUUUUCAAAAUGGUUUGUAAGGUGCCAUGUGGAACCGGUGCGGACUACCAAGUACGUGAGGAGAAACUGAAGAUCCCGAAAUACGUAGGCUACACGUUAAUACCGGUCGGUAUCAUCAAUAUUGUCAUAGGAAUUGUAACACUGGUGUACUUGACCUCUUACAAAUACCCACUCCCAACUGGAUAUCAGAUAUGGACGGGUAUCUUGGCAAUAGUGAUUGGAGUAUUCGGUGUCCAGCUCGGAUCGACAUCAGAAAAUAUGAAACAAGAUGUCUCCCCCGAAUUCAGGAAGAAGUUCUUCGCAUUUUUCUGGUCCUCCAACACCGUCAACUGGUUAGCCACCCAGGGGUUUGGUUACGCCAUUGCCAGUACUGUCAUAUGUGAAGUAAGCGGAUGCUCCGAUAAGAACGACCUCCUCGUUGCUCUUCACGCCAUUACCAUCGCUCUUACUCUGAUUAUUUGUAUCGGCGGAUGGAUGGGACAAUAUUUCUUCUAUAAGUUCCGUAAGACGUACGGAAUACUGAGUGAUAAGGAGAUACAACAGCUUAGUACCAGUCAAAUGAUGCAGAAGAGCUAGAGGAAAUGAACUGACUAGACCUGGCUAACAUGUACACAGUCAGAUCAGGCUAUGGAUCACCAUCAUCGCCGGGAACCGUUAUGAUAUAUAGAUCACGUGAUAUGUUACAUUACAAACUGACUUCACUAUUUCUAAUGGAUUGACGGUUCGUCUGAUGUUCGCCUCAUCUCCAGAUUGGUUUCCAUUGUUCUGACGCAACUGCCUCUAAAUGCUUCUUUGCUUAUAAAUAGACGAACUAUCCGAUCCAAGAAUAUUUACAGACCUCUACGAUGGAACUUAUAGAAAUGGUGCUUUUGAUUUCAACAGCAGUGAAAUAUGUAAAUACCGACAUUUGUCAAGUGUUAGUAUCAUGUUGGCAACCGGGCAAGUUCAUUUCGCUGAUUUAUCGAAAUCAGUUUGGAUUCCAUCAAAAUUGCUGACAGUAAUAACUGAAAAGAAAUGUGUAAAUAACUGUAGAUAUGUACGCAAAUAAUAAUGUGCUAGUUAACCUGUGCUUAUAGUGCUAUAAAAA